GCUGCCGUGUAGACAAACAUAUGUGAGCACUGAGAACCAAAUCAUAGCAUCCCACAAGCAAGCAGCUGUCUCUGCAUGGCUGCCACGCAGCCUAGCUAGCUCAAUUUAUAUUGACCCGACGGCUAGGCUGAAUUACGGAGAGAAAGGAACAGUAGAAAACGAGCCCUUGUUAGAAGAAAGAGGGAAAACAAAAGGGACAAACACAGCAGAAACAAGAAAUCAAUGGACGGGGAGAUCGAGAAGGAUUCACUGGCAAGAGAAGCACCUUAUGCACCUGUUACUCAUGAGAGACCUGUUCGUGAUGAUUUGGAUGAUAAAAUCCCAAAGCCUUACAUGGCAAGAGGUUUGCAAGCUCCCGAUACAGAAAAUCCUUAUGGAACACCGGGACAUCAGCAUCGCGGGUUGAGUGUCCUUCAGCAACAUGUAGCCUUUUUCGACCUAGAUGAAAAUGGAAUAGUUUACCCUUGGGAGACUUACACUGGAUUGCGUGCAAUUGGUUUCAAUAUAAUUGCCUCUCUUAUAGUGGCUGCUGUCAUCAACGGAGCUUUGAGCUAUGCUACUCUUCCCGGAUGGUUCCCUUCUCCCUUUUUUCCGAUACACAUACACAACAUACACAAAGCCAAGCACGGGAGCGACUCUGGAACUUAUGACACAGAAGGAAGAUACAUACCAGUGAAUUUCGAGAGCAUUUUCAGCAAGUAUGCUCAUACAAAGCCAGACAAGUUGUCACUCAGAGAGCUCUGGAAAAUGACCGAGGGACAACGGGUCGCCUUCGAUAUAUUUGGAUGGAUGGGAGCUAAGUUAGAAUGGGGCCUUCUCUAUGUUCUUGCAAAGGAUGAAGAAGGAUUCCUGUCUAAAGAAGCUAUAAGACGAUGUUUUGAUGGUAGUUUAUUCGAGUAUUGCGCCAAAAUGAACAGGGUUGCUGAAGCUAAGAUGCGCUAAGGGAUCUCUACUGCUAAGUACUCAAAUAUCAGGAACCUAACAGUUUUCAGUUUAACUGAUAAUACUGGUGUAAUAAAUUGAGACUUGGCCUUUUCUUUCUGCAGAAAAUGAACACUAGUGCUUGUCUAGAACUGAUAAUUUAUCAACUAUCAAAGCGUUGUGUAUGUUUUUGAAUAAAAGCUCAUGUAGUCACUUCAUGCGUGUUUGAAUAUCA